GCUGGCGCACCUCCAAUGCAGCCGCCGUGCUGAACAAGGACCUGAUCCGGCUGCUCGAGCGCGAACUGCGCAAGCACGUGCCGCGCCCGAAUCUCAUCUACGUCAAGGGCCAUGCUGGGCAUGUGGGCAAUGAAGCGGCGGAUCGCGUGUCCAGACUGGCUGUGGAAGGAGCGCGCAUGCCGGCCCUGCCGCGCAGCGAGUGGACCGACUUCGAGCCGCCGGACUCUGGCUGCUCCGACGAAGACGAGGCAGUCGCCGCACGAAGCAGCGGGAGCAAGCUAGAGGCACCCAGCUCGCACGCUGCAGCGAGCUCGGCAGCGACGCCUUCGCCGAUCCCGCGCAAGCGGCAGAGACUGGCACUGCAGGAAGACCUCUUUCGCUUUGACGAUGAGAACGACGAGCAUGCCGUGCGCAUCUUGGCGGCGGGCGAGGAGGGCGCCGCGGAGCUCGAGGAUGUGAGUGUAAAGCAGACCCGUCACGCGCGAGCGGUGUUGACAUCCUGUCUCAGCUCGACAGCGGCUUCUUCGCCAGUGCCGAGGAGCUCGCGGCGCUCGAGCGCGGCGACGAAUAGAGAGCGGUACCUUCAUCCUCUCGCUGAUGUCUCUUAUGGAUCCUCUAAUCAUCAGGCCGUUCUCGUGAAUAGCGUGCAGUGCCAUGCGGCAGCGUUCUAGAAAUACAGGGGAGGAACACACGUCUCGCAUCAAUGGGGCGCCAUGCUGUCGCCCGACGCCAGCACGCCAAAGCCGGCCGCAAUCGUGACGCAGCCGAGCAAGCUGAUCCAGCGGAACUCGUGUCCGAGCGCCAGGUCCGCAAAGAAGACUGCUGCAGCGUAAGCGUGCGGUCUUUGGAGGCGCUGGUCGCGCUCACCUAGCACAGUCGUCAGCAAGCACGAGACACUU